AUGGCGAGCGAUUCGAACGACCUCCGCCUCCCCGCCGAGCUACUCCUGCAGAUCUUCAAGAACGCCGCCGAGGCCAAGGACGUCGACGAAGGCGCGAAGACACUCUUUCGUCUUACGCGCGUGUGCAAACUGUGGCGCUCCAUCCUAUUCGACUACGGUUCGACAUGGUCGGCGCUAUCGCUCGCAAAUGCCGACGUGACGGACAUCAUGCUGCAGCGAUCCAAGAACGCGCCCGUCAGCCUUCACGUCGAUCUUCGCAGCCCGAAGCGCUGGCCCGGAACUGUCGCCCGCGCGGCGUACAGUGUGCUCGAACGCACCGUUGGCCGCGUCCAGGCGCUUGUUAUAGUCGGUAGCAGCGACGCGAGCUUCAACAGGACCGUCCUCAGAGGGCUAUCCCAUGGAGCUCUCAACGCUCUCACCACUCUCGAGCUCACAUCCCCCAAGUCCGGACGGGACCCUGCUUUUCGCAUCGAUCCAACCCAUCUCUCAGGGGCAGUUCACCUUCGGCGUCUCACUCUUCACAAGACUGAGCUGCUCCCUGGCGCCCCUGCUCUGCUUCCGGGUCUUUGCCACCCCCUAUCUCAUCUCGAGCUACGCGAAGUUCGCGGGAUGUCCCUUUCGACAUUGCUCGAGAUGCUGGGUGCCGCGCAGGGCACUUUGGAGACGCUUGAGCUUAGCUCGCUUCACCUCACUGAGGACCUCGCGGCCACAUCUCCUGGGACAAUCGAGUUGCGUGUACUGGAGGAGUUGACCAUGCAUGGCAUAGAAACUCUGGCGACGUCCGGGGCAGCGAUUCUACCUUUCAUCCAGCACUCUUCCACAGGAGGCAUCAGGCCGUGA